GAAUUGAUAUGUGAUCUAUUUUGCUUCUCUAUUACUAAUUGAUAUUAUUUACAAUAAGUUCUGCAUUUUUCAGCCGAAUCUAUCAAUGGGGAAGCUUUCUUAGAACUUUCAGAUUCAGAUUUUAAAGAAUUAAAACUCAAAUUAGGACCCAGAAAAAUAAUAACAAAAUUGCUUCAUGAGAUAAAACAGAAAUCAUUUGUAAGUUUGCAUAUUAUGUGUAGUAUAAUACAUAAAAUCUAUAACCUAAAUUACUGUGUAGUAUGUAUAAUCUAUAAUCUAAAUUACUGCAAUUGGAUAUUAGUAUCUUAUUUUUACAUUCUUUUUUACCAGAUAGUACUGGAUAACUUUCCUAUUGAUAAUCUACUAGAAGUAUUGCACAAAGAAAAUAAAAUAGAAGAAAUCGUAACAAGAACAUCUGUUGAAAAUAUUGUAACAUCAAGCCAACACUCAUCGCAAACUAUAUCCAAUGAAAUAACCGCUUCUACUAGUUCUGCUGAAAGACUUUUCCAAAACGAUCAGCUACAGGGUCAUUCCCGACAACUUUCAACGCUUUCUUCCUUUAUACAGUUGCCUCAAUCAGAACUAAAUUUGAAUAUAUUCUCGCGCUAUGGAAGUGUAGAAAAAACACUAGAGAACCACGUGCAAGGUGCCUCUAUAUUGAAAGCUGCACGUAAAGGCUCUUUCAAUGAAUCUGAUAGGAGAGCCCUUGUACGUAUUGUUGUAGCUGAACUUAUUUUAGCACAAAACAAUAAUUAUUAUCCUCCGGAUGAAGCCAAAGUAUCACUUGCAAGUGCCAUUGUUUCUGAAUUUCCUUUACUAAGACAUAAUGUAAAAGGAUUUAAAGGAUAUGAACAUUACUAUGAUCCCAAAACUAGACAAGGAUUCAUUGAAUAUCGUUUGUGGACAGUCCGCACAAAACUUUCUCCUAGGAAAAAGAAAUAUUCUGCAAUGGCUUUAAAAAGAAAAGCACAAUGCUUAAAGGAAAAUUACAAAGUUUCAGGUAAUGAUAUGGUGCUUCUCCAGGAAUCUAUUUUAGAGGAAAAGUUAUCAUGGAUGAAACAUAAGAUGCCAUCCGACAGUAAUAAGGAAUUGAUUAAAAACUGUCUUGCGGAAACUUUCCCAAAUAGGAGACAAUGAUUUUAAAUGUUGGCCCUGUUAUCUCAAGCAUUUUUGAAAGAUAUCCACGCCUUCUAGACUAUCAUGGUGAAAUGGUGAGUUUGAAGUCAGUUUCUUAAAUUUGGGAUUAGAAGUAAUGGAGUAUAUAAUUUCUUUAUUUUUCAGAUAGAACAAGACUUUAUUGGGAUUUAUCCGGAUUAUGAAGACAACUUUCUGGCAAAAGUUCCUUCCUUUUAUACUAAUAAAAUUAUUAGUUAUGCUACACAGUACAAACCAGAUAUUAUGAAAAAAAACGAAUGAAUUUCCUAUUAAUGAUGGUAAGUGUUUCAGAGUAAUAAAUGUUUCCAUUUACUGUUAAAUCUAUUUAUUGAUCAGAGUAGUUCUAACUAAAAAGUAAAAUGUUUUACAACGUGCCUGGUUUUUCUUUUUAUCAGAUGCUUUACGGGCUUUAAUAAUUCUAAGUCUUCUCUUGCCUUCAUCAAAUUCUGCAAAAAAGAAUAAUGGAGUAAAAAGCGAAGGCAGGAAAAACAUGA